GUCAGAUUUGAAUUAAUUACUUUUAAUUUCAUACUUAAACGCUAAUGGAGUUCUCAACGUUCACUUAAAAUAAUGAUAUAAUUGAUACUUGAAAUCACAUAUAAGGUAGGGAAAUCUUGUUUCAAGUAUCUUCUUCCAUCAUAAGAACUCCAUAGACAAAGAACACAAUGUUGGCCAAAGGAACUAUUCUAGUUUUUGCCGCUAUCAAUUUAAUGAUGGUAACAGCUUACAGAGAAGAAUUGAAGAGGACAAUUAGUGGAUGCCAAAAUGGAGCCGAAGUUACUGAUGAGGAGCUUGAGGAAUUUGAAAAACCUCUCAUUCCAAAGAAUAACGAAGAAAAGUGUCUGAUGGCAUGUGUCUUCAAAUCAUUUGGUGUGAUAGUUGAUGGAGUAUUUGAUCCAAAACUGGCUUUAGCUGUUGCCAAGGAUUUAUUAAAAAGUGAUCCUGAGAAGGUGAAGAAGAUAACAGCUGUAGUUGAGCAUUGUGGAGAUGAUAUUCCAAAGAAAAUGGAAAAUGAUUGUGAACUGGCUGGUGAGAUCAUGAAGUGCUACGUAAAAUAUGAAAAGGAGGUGGGCCUUGCGUAAAUUAAAAGAUUCAAGAGUACUUAACCACAAAUUCCUAAUUAAUAGCUUGUUAUACACCAUUAAUGUUAAAAGCUUAUAGAACUUAUUACAGUAAAAUAUAAUAUAUUUUAAAACUAA